AAUCUAACAGCGCCGCUCGAGGUCUUUGACAUCGGAGAGCCACAACCAACGACAAGCGCGGAGAAACAGUCGCAAAACCCCAAGCGCGCACAUGGAGAUGGAGGCUCCGGCGGACCAAGCUAGCGGCAAGCACAUCGUUCUGGUGCACGUUGCAUGCGUCGGCGGCUGGGCCUGGUUCAAGGUGGCCACGCGGCUCAGGGACGCCGGCCACCGCGUCAGCGCGCCUGACCUCGCGGCGUCGGGCGUCGACCCCACGCCGCUGCGCGAGGUGCCGACGUUCCGCGACUACACCAAGCCGCUGCUGGACCUCCUGGAGUCCCUCCCGCCCGGGGAGAAGGUGGUGCUCGUCGGCCACAGCCUCGGCGGCGUGAACAUCGCCCUCGCCUGCGAGCUGUUCCCGGAGAAGGUCGCCGCCGCGGUCUUCCUCUCCGCCUUCAUGCCGGACCACCGGUCGCCGCCGUCGUACGUGCUUGAAAAGUUCGUCGAAGGAGGAACGCUGGACUGGAUGGACACGGAGUUUAAGCCUCAAGAUCCUGAGGGCAAGCUCCGUACUGCCAUGCAGUUCGGGCCGCUGGUCACGCGAGCAAAGUUCCUCCAGCUGUGCUCGCCGGAGGAUCUGACGCUGGGAAGAUCCCUGAUGAGGGUCGGCUCGAUGUUCGUGGACGACCUGAAACUGCAGUCACCGUACACCGAGGCCCGCUACGGGUCGGUGCGCAGGGUGUUCAUCGUCCUCAAGGACGACAACGCCAUCGUCGAGGGCUUCCAACGGUGGAUGGUGCAGAACUACCCCGUGGAGGAGGUCAAGGAAAUUGACGGCGCGGACCACAUGGCGUUGCUCUCGACGCCGGCCGAGCUCGCGCGCUGCCUCGCCGACAUCGCCGGCAAGUAUGCCGCCUGACGAUAUGGUACGGUGUGGCGCACGCUGCGCUUGCUGGUCUAUCUCUUUACCUUUGAUGACACGGUCUCGUUGCCGGCAAUAAUUUGUGAUUUGUCAGUGCUGUCUGUGUCCUUUCCGACCUUUGUUAGUAGUACUAUUGUUCUAUCUACUGCUCUUGUUACCUCAUGGUCGGACCGGGUGUUUUGUCCCUUUAAUUAUGUUUCCUCGACAAUUUUUUGUUGUUGAUUGGAUAGGUUUCGAGAUGUUUCCGAGACUUUAUAUCGCACUCAAUUUCAGAAAGAUGAUGUUUCAACGUCACAUCGCAUGGUGGUGCCAAAGUGAAUUUCCGGUGGGUGACUCGUUGUUGUGAUGCACUCAGCUUGCCUACUCGGAUUUACAGAGGAGGGAGAAGAUCAGGGGAGGGAGAGAUACAGAGAGACGGGGGAAAUGGUCUAGUUCUAUCUGAAAACUCGACAUUCUUCAAAAUAACCUUUUUUGUAGCUUGUGCAAAAAAGACAAAAUUUUAUGCCAUGAAACGCUAUUUAGAAGCAGUAAAAUUUGUCUUUUUUACUGAGACAAAACAAAAAUACUUUUUCACACA